AGCGUACAACCCAAAUGCAAAGGUUUGGCGGGAGGGACCCGUUUUUGUUAAUGGCCGUUUGGUGGGAGGGACGCGUUUUUGUUACUGCCCCGCACGCCGAAAGAGACUCCUCUACUGAGUAGCGAUUCACAUUCACCUAUCAAGACUCUCAGCUGAGUCAACUCUCAUUCUCUCAAGUCGAUCACUCAAUUCUCAACUUCUAAGCGAAUCAAACAAUCGAGUCUGAAAAAAUGGCUUCACAAAGUUCUCCAACUCCAGUAUCCUCUUCUGAUCCAUAUUCAGCUCUUACUUGGGACGUUUUCUUGAGUUACCGCGGUCCUGAAACCGGGCCAAAAUUUACGGCUCAUUUGUACGCUGCACUAAAUCGUCAUGGAAUUAAAACAUAUAAGGAUGAUUAUAAGCUACGUCAGGGAGAAGUUAUCCCAGAGGCAUUGCUAAAAGCAAUAAAAUCAUCCAAGAUUUACAUUGUUGUCUUCUCCGAAGAAUAUGCUUCUUCUUCCUGGUGCCUGGAUGAGCUGGUAGAUAUUGUCCGUUUUCACGAGAAAGAGGAGAGGUUGAUUAUUCCUGUGUUUUACCAUAUAGAUCCAUCUAUUGUGCGACGUGUUAGUAUAGAUAAAAAAGAAGAAGAAAGUAGUAUAUAUGAUAAAGCUCUUCAACUUCAUGCAAAAGGGUAUUACAAGAAUGAAGAGCAGAGAGUGACAAGCUGGCUCUAUGCACUGAAAGUAGCAGCUAACAUUUCAGGAAAUCACAUAUGCCAAAAAAACAGAGAGGAACCUGAUGCAAUCGAAAAAAUUGUUGCUGAAAUAUUACCGAGGACAAAACCCAAGAGUUUUAAUGAGACAACUGUAGGCUUGGAUUGUAGUAUUGAGAGGAUAGAAGUAAUGUUGAGCAGUGGUGCCACGAAAGUUGGUAUAUAUGGUAUGGGUGGAGUUGGCAAAACAACUCUUGCCCGAGCUGUGUUUGAUAAAAUACAUCUCGGCUUCAAAGGCAGUUGCUUCCUGGCAAAUGUAACCGCAAAUUCAGGCACAGAUGAAGGCAUGAAGCGCUUACAGCAGCAACUUCUUAAUGAAAUUCUUCUUCAAAAUGAAAAGGAUGUUAAUGAUGUUGUUGAUGGGAAAAGGUUAAUAGAAACUAGAUUAAAAGACCAAAAGAUUCUAGUUGUUAUCGAUGAUUUAACUGACUCUGGUCCAUUUGAAUCUUUGGGAGUAAAUUCGUUUGUUCAUGACAGUGUUGUCAUCAUAACUACAAGGCAUAAAGAUAUCCUGGAAUACUCUGGGGUAAAAACUGAACAUCUACACAUGGUAGAUACGUUGGGUCGAAUAGAGUCGCUCAAACUAUUUCAAAAACAUGCAUUUGGAUUUGGUUCUGAGCCAGACAACACUCUCAAGGAAUUUUCUAACGAUAUUUUGGCUGAUCAUGGUCUUCCAUUUCGAUUUGAUUCUGACACUCUAAAGAAAUUGUCCAACGACAUACUGGCAUUGGCUGAUGGGCUUCCAUUGGCUCUGCAGAUUUAUGGCUCGGUUGUGCGUACAAAAUACGAGGCUGACGAGUGGAUAGAAUACAUUGAGGAUCUGAAAGAAACUCCAGACAAAAAAAUUGAGGAUAGACUUGUAAUUAGCUAUAAUGCUAUUGAUGGCUCUCAGCUGAAGAAAAUGUUCCUUGACAUUGCUUGUUUUUUCAUUGGGUGGCAGAAAGAAAGGGUCUUUGAAAUAUUGGAGACUUAUUAUCCCUGUGUAAAUGUGAAAAUCAACAAUUUGAAGGGAAGAUGUUUACUAACAAUUGAUAAUAAUGAGUUGCAUAUGCAUGAUCUUCUCAGGGAGAUGGGAAGGAAAGUUGCACAAAACAAGUCUCCAAGUAAUCCAGCAAAACAUAGCAGGCUCUGGCAGAAUAUUGAUAUAAAGCGUGUGUUGACAGAGGAGAACGAGUGUGCAGAAAUGGAGGCAGUUGAAGGUAUUUACUACCAAGAGGAAGGUAUUUACGAGGAAGACGCGAUAUUAGAGGAACUCCAACUAACAACAGAAACAUUCAAAAAGAUGAAAAAUUUAAGAUUUCUUCAUCUAAUGGGUUUCCUAAAUCCAACUGGAAGCUUUGAUAAAACAUUCAGAGAUCUAAGGUGGCUAUUUUGGCAGUGGUGUCCUUUACAACAUUUUCCGCCUGAUUUCAAACCCAUAAAUCUUGGAGUACUUACACUGAGAUACAGCAAUUUGAUAACUAUGGAGCUCCCUAUGGUUUUCCAGAAGUUAAAGAUUCUGAAAAUGGAACGUUCUUACUAUUUAGAGACGACUCCAGAUUUCAACAUGUUACCAUCUUUGGUAGAUUUAAGUUUUGGAAGUUGCGUAACCUUGAAGCAGAUACACAGAUCAAUUGGAAGGUUGGCGGGGCUUCUUUCCCUAGAUUUAGGGGGUUGUUGGGAGCUAGCAAGUCUUCCCGAAACUAUUGGCAACUUGAAAGCACUGAAGCAUCUUAAUCUUCAGGAGUGUAGAAGGUUGGAAAAAUUGCCUGAAAAUUUGGGGAACAUUGAAUCUUUGGAAAGCCUCAACUUACGUAGUGCAGGUCUUAAAAACUUACCACAGUCGAUCCAUUUGCUAGGUAACCUUGUUGAGUUAUAUGCAGAUUUCUCGGAACUUAUAACUCUUCCGGACAACAUUUGCAAGCUAAGAUCAUUAAAACUUCUGGAUGUUACUGCAUGCAAAAAUCUGAAAGCAUUGCCCCAAGAUUUGGGUGAUAUUACAUCCCUAAGAGUGCUACGUAUGGAGAAAACAGGUGUUUCAGAGUUACCGGGUUCGAUAGGAAAUCUAAGUAACCUUGUUGAACUGAGAUUAGAUGGUAACCGCAACCUCGAAACUCUUCCAGACACAAUAUGCAGUCUGAGAUCAUUGGAAAUCUUAAGUCUUGGCGGUUGUGAACAGCUUAAAGAAUUGCCAGGCCAGAUGUGGAAGAUUACAAGCUUAAGAGAGCUAAAUUUAAGCCGUACUACAAUGUUAAAAGUGGAAUCAAGCCAAAUUCCAAUAUCAUUAAAGACACUGGAUCCUUUCUUAUAAUGCUUUCACCGCGCUGCCACUCGGUAUCAGUCGGCUAGCGAACCUGGAAUAUCUUGAUGUUGAAGGAUGUAGUAAACUCUUGUCCGUUGAAGAACUUCCUCCAAAUCUGAAAAAGCUAUAUGCACGUCAUUGUCCAUCCGAGUUUUAGUGGUCUAGAAUUGAUUCAAGGUUUAUUUUAACGCACUUCUGUUAAAGCAAUUCGUUUACAGAGUGCAGAAGACUUGUGCACUCUGUAUAUUGUGCACUAAAUCAGUUACUGUACUUAAUUAAUCCUUGAAUUUGAUUUGUAAAUUAGUUUCUGUUAGAGCAGUUGAUUUAGUUCAUUUAAUUUUUAAA